GUACUUUUGUCAAUUUGACUACAACGUUUGUUCUUCCUUUUCAUGUCUGUUUUUUUUUUUUUUAAUCAACAUUCUGAUUUUGUUAUAUAUUGGUACUCGUGAAGUUACUGAAACAAGAAUCAAGCCCUGUACAUGGUCAUGGAGGGGGGAGAGUACAGUGGGACUAAUGACUCUGAACUGAGAGCAAGUGUAUCGAUCGAUGUGACAAGAAGUGCCAGUUCUUCAUUAAGGUGGCGCUCUUUAAGUUCAUUAGGUGCUCAUACCUCUCAAGUAGAUGAAGGAAGUGAGAGUGUGUCAGAGGUGGGAGAUAUUGGGGAUCGAGCUCUUCACAGCAACAGGUACAGUGUGAGUGGCAGUUUCAACUUCUCGUCUGCAGAGGAUAUUCAAUUGCAAUCCUAUGGAUUCUGGCGUCAUGAUCCUGCUGCAUCCCAUGCAAUCUCCACAGUGUCGCGUUUGCCAGAGGGAAUCAUUUCUCCCCUGUCUAUUGAUGCCAUAGUACGCGAUGAGGAGAAAAACCAAGCAAGUACAGAAAGAAUACCAAAAUUGUUGGAGUAUGGUUCAUGUAUGACUCAUCUAGCCUUCUUUGGCAUUCUUGGGGUCUUAACGAGAUAUCUACUGCAAAAAUUGUUCGGCCCCGGAGUUGCUGGUGUGACAAGUGACCAAACAAUUCUUUACCUUGAUCUUCCUUCUAAUAUGGUUGGCUCUUUCUUGAUGGGGUGGUGCGGUGUUGUUUUUAAAGCAGAUAUAUCAUAUAGGUCAGAUUUUUUGGCAAUUGGAUUGACAACAGGUUACCUGGGAAGUGUUACAACUUUUAGUGGUUGGAACCAGAAAAUGCUUGAACUGAGUGUCGAAGGCCAUUGGGUUUUUGCUGGUCUCGGUUUUUUAAUAGGUUUGUUUCUUGCUGCCUACUCCAUCAUUUUUGGGGUAGAAACAUCCAAGUGUUUUAGGCAGCUGCUUGUAAGGAAUUCAGGGUAUGGUGUUGCUAGCUCUAGAAAGAGCUGGAGGGUUGACAGCCACAAGCGUCACUUGGCAGUUUUGGCAGUGUUUCUGCUGUUGCUAGCUGGAUUAUGGACUAUGAGUGGAAUAUUGAUGAGGCAGGAGUUUAACAGCAACAGCAGUGAGACACAACUAUGGUUGGCUUGCAUCGUUGGACCUCUAGGAGUCUGGGUCAGGUGGUUCUUAGCUCGACUAAAUGGACGUGGAUUGGGAAAGACAGGGUUGUUAAAAUGGGUUCCAUUUGGUACUCUAAUUGCCAAUGUUUCUGCAGCUUGUAUUAUGGCGGCACUUGCUACUGUAAAGAGAGAGGUAAAUACCAAGACUUGCGAUAUUGUUGCAACAGGCAUACAAUUUGGAUUUUUGGGUUGCCUGAGUACUGUAUCUACAUUCAUUGCCGAGUUUAAUGCAAUGAGAGAAAGUAAAUACCCCUGGAGAGCAUACAUCUACGCCACAGUCACCAUAUGCACCUCAUUUUGUUUAGGGACCCUGAUAUAUUCUGUACCUGUUUGGGCAAAGGGAGACAACUAAAUACAACAAUUUUGUGCUUCUCAAGUGCCCCAUGGAUCUUGCAGAAGAAUUUUCUACAAACCACCUGCAGCCAAUUUCCGUGCUUGAUGAACUUUCUAUCUUUUCACUGUUCUUUAUCUUCCUUUACCGUUUCAUUGCAUAUUCUUGUGAUAUAUUUUAUCAAGAAUCCAGAAAUUAACAGAUGUAUGUAGUCUUGGAAGAAGUUAGGCUCUUUGUAUGGGAUGAGGAAGGAGAACUCCCAAAGCCAGAUCUAUCCAAAGUCAUUUUACUUAGACGGGAAUAAGAAGAUUCAACACAAGGCAUAUGGGAUCAAUUUUUCCCAAUAUAUACAAGGUAUAUAUGCUUCAACUCACACACAUAGUACUCGAACUUAAAGAUCUGGUUGCAAUUACAAACUCUGUUCGCAAUUACAGCAUCAAGUCAUUGAGUUUUUUGUGAUCCAUCAGGUUUCUAUGUUGCAUGAAACAUCCAAUAAAGGUUGGAGUACUUUUUCUAGUUUUUGAAUUGCAUCUAGUAUUAGUAUCUGAGUAUUUUGUUUGGAUCAUAUAGUUCUAGAAUUUAGAAUGAAUAUUUUCACUCCAGUCAAUUAUGUCAAGUAUCCUACAUAAACAGAUGCCAUAUACUUCCUGCAGUGGUUCUUCUUGUGAUGGCAAGAGUGGAGCUUGCAUGUGAUGGCACAAUGGCCGAUGUUUGUUAUGAAAUUGUGGUCCGACAAGCUAAUUUGUUAUGGUGGUCAUUUUCUACAGUCAUUUGAAUUUAAUUGAUAAAAAAAGGCUGUAUACCCUAAUAAAAGAGAGAGAUUGCCUCUUGUCGUAACAUUUUAAUAUUUUAUAAUUGAAAUUAAAUUUGGGUGAAUUUA